AUGAGAGUGAUCGAAGUCUCUUCCUUCCUGAGAGCGGGUUCCCUAUUCCUCGACGUCAUGGAAGAGCUGUUCAGCAAGUCCUCCCUCCGGUCCAACCUCGCCGAGUUCGUCUCCGCCUUCAUCUUCGUCUUCGCCGGUGUCGGCUCCGCGAUUGCCGCCAGCAUGUCGGCAGCCCCCGCAGCCGGGGCCACCGGUGAGAAUUGCCACGUCCUGGCGGUGGCCGUAGCGCAUGCUUUUGCCCUGUUCACGGCAGUGUUCACGUCGGCGCACAUCUCUGGCGACCACGUCAACCCGGCGGUCACGGCCGGGUUGGUGAUGGGAGGCCACGUCAGCAUUUUGAGCGGCGUUUUGUUUCUGCUUGGCUCAGCUCUUGGAAUCCACCAUAACCUUAAAAUUCGUAAAUAA